CUGCAUGCUCUUCACCCUUUCUUGACUUUGACACCAUUUAUAUACCCGGACAUGGCGGCAUCAGCUUCAAGCUCUUCGAAGAGCAAGCCAAACCAAAACACACAUGAACGUCUUGUACGGUUUCAAGGCCAUCACAAUUUACGAGCUCGAUUGGUUUUAUCAAUUUUGACUGGUCGACCUGUUGUGAUCACAGGUAUACGUGCAAAGAGUACUUCGCCAGGUUUACGUGAAUAUGAAGCAGGUUUCUUGAGGUUAUUGGAGAAGAUUACAAACGGCAGUAAGAUUGAGAUUGGAUAUACAGGAACAUCUUUAAGUUUCAAACCAGGAACGCUAACGGGUGGUCAUGUACAGCAUGAUUGUGGAACAUCAAGGGAAGUUGGUUAUUAUCUCGAAUGGAUCAUCGUUUUAGCACCUUUUGCCAAAAAAGAGCUUAGUCUAACUCUCAAAGGUAUCACUACAGGCGAACACGAUCUUGGAGUUGAUUUGAUUAGAACGGUUUCCCUGCCCAUCUUGAGUUUGUUCCUACCGUCUGCGUCCUCAUUGGCCUCUUCUCUCGAAUUACGAAUCACAGCUCGCGGUGCAGCACCUCUAGGAGGCGGAUGCGUUUACUUUCGCUGUCCAUUACUCCCAAAUGCCGCCUCAAGUGGUGCAGGUAAUAUGGGUGGAAUGCUGAGAACAUUAGAUUUCACAAAUGCAGGAAGAAUAAAACGAAUCAGAGGAGUUGCAAGUGCGACAAGAGUUAGUCCUCAAAUGGCCAAUCGAAUGGUAGAAGCAGCACGUGGAAUAUUGAACAGGUACAUUCCUGAUCUUUACUUGUUUGCUGAUGUGUAUAGAGGUGAAGAAGCAGGAAAAUCGCCUGGAUUUGGAUUAUCGUUGGUUGCAAGUAGCAAUACGGGUGCUUUGCAUUGCUCAGAGUGUAUCUCAAAACCGGGUCAAACACCUGAAGAGGUUGCAAUAGAAGCAGCAAGGAUGCUCUUGACCGAAAUUGCCACACGAGGAUGUGUGCCAAGAACACAUCAAUCCAUGGCACUCUUACUCAUGGCCCUAGGACCAGAAGAUGUUGGAAAAGCCCGGUUUGGUCAACUAACUCCACAAGCCAUCGUGACGCUACGAGAUUUACGUCAAUUUAUGGGCAUCACAUUCCAGCUAAAAUCGCAGAGACACGAGCUAGCACGAACGGAAGCAGAUGAAGAUGAGGAAGAAGAGGCUGCUGCUGCUUUUGUUGAAGAGAUUGUGGUGAGUUGUGUGGGCGGUGCUAUUCGUGGAGCACGAAAGGUAGGAUGAUUGAAGUGAAAAAUCUUUCAACACUGUAAUUGUAUCCUAAUUGUAUUCAAUAUGAAAUAUAUAGCAUCUAUCA